CAACCCUUGCCACAUGAGAACACGUGUAUUCCGGUUUCUCCUUCCAUUUCCAUCAAUUAAAAACUCGACAGCGUUUAGACCUAGCCUUGUACAUGUUGUGUUGUUGGGAUAAGCCAUGACUAUUUAAAAAGUAUAGUUCAUCGUUUCAGGGCUUUCAUCCUUGAGUGUUAUUCCGAUAAGCUAUCUAUAUAUCAUGAGACGUUUUACUAACUCUGUUCUGGAAAGCAACACAAUUAACGGAGCAGCCUCGAAUACAAAAUGGUUAUGUGACAAUCCAAUCCAUUCUGAUGUAGAAGCCAAGCUGAGGUGCCUCUUGGUUGAAUUAGGGAAUGCUGAUAGAAUACUUGGAAUCCAGGUUUGUGCCUACAAAGAUGGGCAAGUGAUCAUUGAUACUGCAGCUGGAGUGCUGGGAAAAGACAACCCUCGUCCAGUUCAACCUGAUUCCUUAUUUCCUGCUUUCUCAGUAACUAAGGGUGUCACAGCAGGAAUGAUACAUUGGCUGGCUGAUAAAGGGAAACUAAACCUUGAUGAAAAGGUCGCAAACAUUUGGCCAGAGUUUGGUACAAAUGGGAAGGAUCAAAUAAAGGUUCAUCAUAUACUGAAUCAUACAUCUGGUUUGCACAACGCUCUUGCUGACAAUACUAGAAAUGAUCCUACAUUAUUUUGUGAUUGGGAUGAGUGUGUAAAACGCAUUGCGGAGGUUGCACCAGAAACCGAACCUGGUCGUGAUCAAUUAUAUCAUUAUCUCUCAUAUGGUUGGCUAUGUGGUGGAAUCAUUGAGGAUGUUGAUGUGAAUACUUUUCUUGAAAAACCGACAUUUGUGAUGGCCAUUGGAGACAUUAUUCUUUCGUUUAAAAACCAAGUCAACAAUGAGGAAAACAACGAUGAGGAAGAUGAAGACACAUAG